AGAAGAUUGAAAUGGUCCCCAACAAAGUUUCCUACCAGAAAGUAAACUCCAUUUGUAGUUUGGAAAUAGAGAAUCCCCUCUUUAGGGAGGAGAAAGAAAAAGACUUCAAAUGAAUGUAACCUAGAGAAACAUGCUGAAGGAAGAGUAUAAGGGUGGUCGGAUGUCUGUCUGUUUAGAUGGUUACCUGGAUUGAUUUGUCAUAGAUAGAUUAUAAUUGCGAUAGAUAAAUAAUUAACCUGUAACAUGCCAUAGCUAUAGGCUUAAGGGUCAUUUUCAUUAUCUAUAAUCGAUUGGCAAUUUUUUGAGAAAUAAUUAAGUUAAUUUGAGAUUGAGUUGUUAGGGAGACGCCAAACGACAGUGUGUUAGUCGACCUCCAUCUGAAUGAAAGAAAUCUGGAAAAAGAACUGUAUUUAAAGAUGAUUUCAUUACAAAGAAAAAGAUGCGUCUGAGUUAUUGUCUGUACAUUUCCAUCUAUUCCUUCAGCUCCAAAUUAUCAAGAGAAGAAAACUAGAAGAAAACUGGACGUUGUAGCUGACAGCAGGAAACGCCAAAUGGAAAAAAGCAAUUGCCUUCAGGACUUACAGAUAAUAUAGUUGUUCUCUUAGUAUCGCUGCCAUUCACACCUUUCUCAUUUUAAAGAUUCGUUGAUGAAUUUGUAAAUGAUAAAGUAAGACAUAGCUAAAACAUAAAAAUAAGCAACGGAAAGAAAGGAACAGAAGGAUAGAUAAUGCUUUUAGUGCCCUAUAUAUUCUCUUCAAAAUAAUUAUUCUCAAUCUAGAAUAAUCUUGAUUAAGUCCAAUGUUAAUUUUUUUAUCAUUUUCCAUCUUUUUCUAUAGAAUACAAAAAUUUCAACCGAAAUUAAUUUAUUUACGAAGAAUGGCUUGGGGCAGAGCGUAAUCUUCAUAGUUUGGGACAGUAUGGGUAACACUGUCACCACAAUCAAGAACAAUACUGGCUAUUCUACUGGAAGCGUACUAAGACAAAAUUCUUCGCAAUGAUAGGAAGAGCCGACAUCGAAGGAUCAAAUAGCAACGUCACCAUGAACACUUAUCUCUGUGGUAACUUCUCUGACACCUCUUCCUUGAAGCUCUUAAAUAAUGACAAACGGAUCGAUAGGCCAUGGUUUCACUGUCUGUAUUCUUACUGAAAAUCAAAAUCAAGUGAACUUCUUUAAUAAGCAACUAAUUUCAUAGCAAGUGGUCGCUGUCGGAGUGUCUAACGAAUGAUAAUUAUCAAAUAUUACCGGAAUAGGGAAGGAGUUGAGUGUUCUUUCCUCAAAAGAAUCGGUCAAGUGCUGAUCCAGAAGUUCGUCAUAAUUGAUUUGCUAGGGGCUGGAGAUUUUAUUGGUAGCAAUUUGACCCUCAAAUUAGUAGACUGUCUAUUUCAGUAAAUGGAGACAUAAAUAAAUGUACACAUCACUAAAAUGAUAAAAGAAAUACCAGAUAUUUUGUUACUUAAAUGCCACCCGAUAUUAGAAAAAAUUCAAUUUACACAACAAAACGAGACUGUUACCAUCUUUGCAAACGUAGACACACGGAUUUGGAUAUCUCUAUUUUCAGAAGAUAUUGCUUCUGAAACUAUUGAAACAAUAAAAGAAAAUCAGAAGGAGCUUAUUGCUUAUUUAAAGACUACUUCUUCCCUAUAUGAAAGUCAAGAAGGUGGUAAUGAAAAAGCACCAGAAGCUGAAAGUUAUCCACUUUCCUCUUCUCAACGCAGACAUCAAGUAAUUGAACGACAUGAAAUUCUUAGAACUGUCUUCCGAGAAGAUGAGAACGGAACUCCACGUCAAUAUAUUUUAAAUAUGGAGGAUUUUAAUUUUUCAUGAGAUUAUUUGAACCUUAAAGAUGCAACAGAUGCUUCGUACAGAGUAGACAGUUAUAUCGAAAAACAUAGUUAUCAAGCUUUUGAUUUUUUCAAUAGUCCAAUUUCAAACAAAGCAUCAUUAAUAAUACCUUGUUGGAAGUCAUCUUCACUAAGUCCAGCGGCAUUUUGUACUAAGAGUAUUUGCGCUCCAAAAGCCUGAAGCUUUCAAUAAAUUGGUUUCAAAAUCUUCAGAUCGAUUUUCUGAGAACUCCAAAAUAUAAACUUUCACCUUAAAGUUAAUGCUUGUUAGGUGCCUCGCAAUGACAAGGCCAUCCCCUCCGUUAUUUCCUACACCGCAAAAGACAAAAAGUGUUUUUCUUCAGCUUCUUCCCUAUUUACGGCACUAAUCAUUCCCAAAUGAUCCACACACUUUAAAGCAGUACUGGUUCUACACCAAAC